AUGUGACGGGACCACAUUGCACCUGCAGGGGCACAACAAUAAUAGUGCAACUGCAGGAAGUGAAACUAUUUCGCAUUUUCUGCUUUUAAACAGUUUUAAAUUAGCUUCCCAGUAGCAUUAAUGUUCACUCACAUUCAGGGGAGUGAACUCUAACUCUAACACUUUAAAACCAUGCUCGCUCUGUGGUUCCUCCUCGGUGUUCUGGUGCCUCACACGGAGGCUCGGUACACCGCGGACUGGGCCAGCCUGGACGCCCGGCCGCUGCCUCAAUGGUACGACCAGGCGAAGGUGGGGAUAUUUGUCCACUGGGGGGUGUUUUCUGUGCCCGGGUUCGGCAGUGAGUGGUUCUGGUGGCACUGGCAGGGCCAACAACCUCCGGACCAGAAGUGUGUGAGCUACAUGUCCAAAAACUACCCGCCUGGAUUCAGCUACCCGGAGUUUGCCCCCCAAUUUCACGCUCAGUUUUUCAACCCGGGGGACUGGGCGGACAUAUUCAAGGCGUCUGGUGCAAAAUAUGUCGUCCUGACUGCCAAACACCAUGAAGGAUUUACAAACUGGGGGUCUCCAAACUCCUGGAACUGGAACUCAGUGGAUACGGGUCCUCACAGGGAUCUGGUGGGGGACCUGGGGGAGGAGGUGCGCAACAGGUCACUGCACUAUGGACUCUACAACUCCCUGUAUGAGUGGUUCAACCCUCUCUACCUGACAGACAAGAAGAAUGGAUUCAAAACGCAGGAGUUUGUAAUGCAUAAACUUCUACCUGAGCUUUAUAACAUGGUUGUAAGGUAUAGACCUGAUCUGAUCUGGUCCGAUGGAGACUGGGAAGCUCCUGACACCUACUGGAACUCCACCGAAUUCCUGGCCUGGCUCUACAAUGACAGCCCAGUCAAAGAUACCAUCGUGACAAAUGACCGCUGGGGUGCUGGCUGUGCCUGUAAACACGGCGGCUACUACAACUGUGAAGACAAAUACACUCCGGGCCAGCUGCCCAAGCACAAAUGGGAGAAAUGCACAUCUGUGGACACGCUCUCCUGGGGCUACCGCCGAAACAUGAAGAUGAGCGAACUGAUGGACUUACCCUCCAUUAUAGAGGAUCUGGUUCGCACUGUGGCUCUGGGAGGGAACUACCUCCUGAAUGUGGGUCCCACACCUGAUGGGAUGAUCCCCGCAGUGUUUGAGGAGCGGCUCAGGGGGGUCGGAGCCUGGCUGCAGAUCAAUGGAGAGGCCGUCUACGCCUCCAAACCCUGGAGGGUCCAGACCGAGAACACAACUGUACCAGUCUGGUAAGAAGCAGAGGGAGAAACAGUCUG